AUGAUAAUCGGGUAUGGCUAUCGUGGAAUGAGCCUGUACGAAAUUCACAAUCUCGCCGCAAACCCGAGCAUCCUUGAAGGGCUCGUUAGCAACCCGGCGUUUGUCGUUGAAUUUCAGCUUCACUUUGAACAACUCAAAGAGGGGCACCUUCUUUUACCGUCUUGCUUUUCCUCAUCGACCAUCGGAGCCACGUACGUAUCCUUAUGGCCACAUUCGGCGGGACCUUCCUCAAAAGACUCAUCUAAGUCGAAAAUGCAAUCGUCACGCUCGUCGUCGUCCGGCAGCUUCGACCGCUUGGAUUCUUCCUCGGGUGAUUGGAGUUUAUCCUCAGUUUCUGAGAGCCUCUUUUUCUCCGAAGGCCCUUCCCCUGACAUCUUUUCGUUUGAAAUUAGGGCUUGA